AAAACCCUAGUCCACUUGCAACGCUCAUAUAAAACAUCGUGAAAACAUUUUAAGAACGAGAUCUACUGCGAACUUCAGAAGCCAGGGUUUUUCGCCUCCGCUGCGCAAAUGGGAAAAGGUACCGGAAGUUUUGGUAAGCGGAGGAACAAGACACAUACACUAUGUGUGAGAUGCGGCCGCCGCAGCUUCCAUAUCCAGAAGAGCCGGUGUUCCGCUUGUGCCUAUCCUGCUGCACGCAUUAGAAAAUAUAAUUGGAGUGUCAAGGCAAUUAGGAGAAAGACUACUGGAACUGGCCGCAUGAGGUAUCUUCGCAAUGUUCCUCGUAGAUUCAAGACCAACUUCAGAGAAGGUACUGAGGCAACUCCAAGGAAGAAGGGAGCAGCAGCAGCCUCUUAAAUUUCAUUUCCUCAGUUUUAGCAGUGUUUUUAUUCUUCCAAGAGUUUCCCAAAUUUUAUUACAAAACAUGUUUGGUUUUUGCUUGUUAGAGGACCAGUUGUUGUCAAUGUGGAUUAUUUUGUUUUCUGACAAGCAGAUUCAGAUUCUACCCUAUAUCUUCUUUGAAAGCUAGUUGUAACUUAAUUUUGUAUUGCUUGAUAUUAUUAAACUCAGAAG